AUGAGGUCCAAUCAUCCUUAUACUAUAACAUUUCCUAUAUGGUAAUGUGAUCAAUGGACUGCAUUAAGAGGACGGCUGAAGCUAUCUGAUGAAUAAGUUAUUAUAGCAAGGUGGAAUAAUACUAUGUAUUUAGAUGAAGAAUUGGCUUUUUUUGAUUCUCAACAUCGUAUUAAACCAUAAAAGGAAAGUAAGAUGCUCAAACCUCAAAUUUGUUUACUUCCUUCUAUAUUAUAGAUAGUUAGAACUAAUACAUACACAGAUGUCUUAAUUGAGAAUGUGACUUAAUGGUUUUUAACAAGUGGAGAUCUCUCAAAAUUAUUAUUAAUCUAUUUUGGAUAUGAUCUUUAUACUGGAUGUUCUCCACGUGAUUGUACUCUUGAAAAUAUAAUUAAAAAUGAUGAUUCAAUAGUUAUUCUAGAUUUUGGUUUGAGAAAACGUACAGAAAAGUAUUGUGUUUAUUGGAAUCCUCUUAUACUAAAGGGUAAACCUUAUAGAUCCUCUUAUUAAUGGUCUUUAGGAAUCAUGUAUUUAGUAAUGACAUAAGGGACUUACAUUCUUAAUGAAGUAUAAAAGCAUAUAAAUGAAUGGUUAAAAGGAGGGAGAUUAGAUAUAGGUUCCAUGAUAACUAAUAAAAAGUAAUCAGUCCAAAAUUUAAUAUCUUCUCUUUUAGAUCCAGAGAAUCCAAUACCUUGGAAUUAAAUCCCAAAUCAUCCAGCCUUUAGAGAAGAUAAUUUAUGUAAAUAAAUUCUCAAGGAUUUCUUAAUAAAAUCCAAUAGAACUGAAAUAAAAGGUCGAUCUUCAUCAAGAAUGAGUAAUAGAGAUGAAAAUAGUAAUUAAAUUAGUAUUAUGCCUUGUCCUUAUGGAUUAAAGAAUCCAAAAACUUGUGAUUAAAAUAUACUUAAUCAAUCACUAAUAACAAAGGUUAGCAAUUUAUUUAAAGUACAUCAAGACAAAGUACGUAAUGCUUUAGGGAAUUCUUAUUCAUCUGUUUAAAAUAGACAUGCAUCCACAUCAUAAUAGAGUAGAUAAAUACUUUAAACAAAUACUAGUACAAGUAGAUUUAAUAAUUUCUUAAAUUCUACUAAAAUAUUACCUAAAUCCUAAAUAAAAUAAUAGAAUUUAGGAUACAGAACUUUUAGAAAUUAAACUUAAAACAGCACUUAAAAUGUAGGAUCUGAUUCUAAUCGUAAAUCUGGAGAAUUUAUAUAAGAAAAUAGCAAUUAAGUUCCUUAAAAAUAGGAUUGUUUUUAUGAGAAAAUAAGAUCUAGGGUUUCAUCAAUAAAAGGGGAUACAAUUAAAUUAUAAUAAAAGCCAAGAAAUAGUUCUACGCAUUCUAUUUUGUAAGAAUAACCAAGUAAAUAAUAAAACAUUUAAAAAAAGUUAUCAAAAAAUUAAGAAGAAGUGUAAUAAAUUUAUUAAUAAUAAAAUGAAUUAAUAAAUGAUUAAUAAUAAUAAUAAUAAUAAUAAUAAUAAUAAUAAUAAUAAUAAUAAUAAUAAUAAUAAUAAUAAUAAUAAUAAUAAUAAUAAUAAUAAUAAUAAUAAUAAUAAUAAUAAUAAUAAUAAUAAUAAUAAUAAUAAUAAUAAUAAUAAUAAUAAUAAUAAUAAUAAUAAUAAUAAUAAUAAUAAUAAUAAUAAUAAUAAUAAUAAUAAUAAUAAUAAUAAUAAUAAUAAUAAUAAUAAUAAUAAUAAUAAUAAUAAUAAUAAUAAUAAUAAUAAUAAUAAUAAUAAUAAUAAUAAUAAUAAUAAUAAUAAUAAUAAUAAUAAUAAUAAUAAUAAUAAUAAUAAUAAUAAUAAUAAUAAUAAUAAUAAUAAUAAUAAUAAUAAUAAUAAUAAUAAUAAUAAUAAUAAUAAUAAUAAUAAUAAUAAUAAUAAUAAUAAUAAUAAUAAUAAUAAUAAUAAUAAUAAUAAUAAUAAUAAUAAUAAUAAUAAUAAUAAUAAUAAUAAUAAUAAUAAUAAUAAUAAUAAUAAUAAUAAUAAUAAUAAUAAUAAUAAUAAUAAUAAUAAUAAUAAUAAUAAAUUAUUAAAUAUUGUGAUUUAGAUUAAUAAUAAUAACAUUAAUAAAUAUUAUCUAUUUAAUAAACAAAAUCUUAAUUAUAAUAAUACUCAUAACAAUAGCUUAGUGUUAAUAAUAUAAGUAAUGCAGAUAAUUAUAUUCAAUUAAUUAAACGAAAUAAUUCAUAAAUACACCUAUUUUCACAAAAAUACAAUAGAUCUUUAGAAGCCAUCAAUAUAAUUGGUUAGACAGUUGCAAAAUGUUUAACAUUUUUUAAUGGAUUAUAAAAUUUUUGGGUUAUUCCUCUAUUUUUGGUUUUUAAGCGAAUGUUAUAAUUAAGAAAGUAGAUUGAAAAUUUAUUAUAGUAAAAAGUUAAUUCUUUUAAUAUUGAUGAUUGGGAAGAGAUUAUAUAAAGUUAAGAAUAUGAAAAUUAUCUUAAUAAAGUUAAGUAAGAUAAUUAACUUGUUUAAAGUGAAUUAAGUUUAUUAUUAAAUUCAGCAAAAGCAAAAGCAGAAAAAUUAGAUAAAUCUAGGAGAGAGAAAGUUGAAUGGUUUUUAAAUGAUGAUUUGAAUGAUAAAAUAAAGGAUGUUUGUAAUACAUAUUUUCAUGGGUAGAUAUACAAGAAUAUUAAAGAUAGAAAGGGAAUAGUAAAACCAAAUAUAGAAUGGCUAAAAUUAGAAAUCUAAGCUUAAGCUUCACUUAUAAUAUGUGAAUUACCUAUAUUAACAUGUGAUAAAUAAAACUUUUCUUAUGAAGAGUAUUUAAUUGCACUUGAAUUAUAAGAUGAAGAAUCAAUUUACUAAUACUUAAAAAAAAAUGAGCAUUAUCUCGAACGUAAAUGA